AUGGCUUCCCCAAAGAAAUUUACCGGUGUUUCUUCUUUGGCUCCUCCACCUAUGAAAUUUUUUGCAACAUGGGAAGUCGAUCGUGCUCAACCCAAUUGUGUUCCAAGUAAGAUGAAUUAUGAACGAGUAAACUGCUCGGUCAAUGACCGGGUGUUGGGCGUUAUGAAGUGGGUGAAAAUGCUUCGCGAAGUACGAGACUGCAAGCGAGCUGUUGGCGGUUUUCCGCUAAGUGAUGGCCAGCUUGGCGUUCGCGAUGUUGUUUUAAUCUCCUAUAUCUUGAAGUUUGCGAUGAACGACGGACAGUUUUGUACAGAAAGGGCAUUACUUGUAGCAGUGAAACGCCAAUCACGUAAAAGUAGCUUAAAUUGUAAGAGCUAUAAAAAGUUAAUCAUGGUAAAUUACUGCGUUGCUACAGAAGAAGUUGCAAUUCUAAAAGUUUCUACGUUCAGAAUGACUUUUAUGAGUGUGAGAUAUCAAUGCAAUCCUUAUCAGAUUUUCUUUUCCGGCUUCUCUGUUAAGUAUGGCCACGGAUCGUUAGACCCAAACUAG